AUGUCGACUUCACCUGCCGCCCAUGCGCUCAAGUCGGGCCACGGCCAGAUGAAGAAGAUGGCCCAAUUCAAGAAAUACACCGUCCAACCCAGGGGUUUCUGGGCGCGCAUCAGCCGCUUCCUCGCAAUCGACCCGCAGCGCUCAACCGGCAUACCUCUGAAUCCGCAAUUCCGUAACCCACCCCCAGGCGCCCUCGACCCCGCGACCUACGACGAUCCGGUCACAGUUCCGGCGGCAGAUUUGGCUGAGAACCCGUACUGGAAGCGCGACAUGCGGAGGAGGUACCCGAGGAUCAGCGUCAUGAAGCAGGGGGAUGUCGUGGCGCUGCUGACCGUGGGGAGCAAGGCGAAUCCCAAGGACGAAGUACUGCAGAUUGGGGACGCGGGUGCGAAGCAGCUUGUGGCGGUGAAGGAAGAAGGGGAGAAGGGGCUGGCAGCGUACUUGAAGAAGGAGAAGGGCGUUGCUUCUAGCGUCCUAGGUCCCAGUGGCAUGCCGCCAUUGCCUACUGGGCUGUCACUGCAUGACGGUGUGAAGAAGUACGGGAUUUUGAAGGAGCAGUCUUAUAAUGGAGAGUAA